GACUUUAUCAUCAGGCAUCUGGCUCGUUUAUUUUUUGAUAAGUACACUUUUAAUGUCUUGAUUGUUUCAAAUUUCUGACGAGGUCACUCCGUUGUCAUCGUACGUUGAUAAGUAAGUGAUGCCGAUUAAAUUCCGCUCGCAUCAUUGUCAGAUUACUGUGCUCUUGUGGGACUUUUGAAGCGGAAGAUGCGUUGUGUAUUCUGUUAGCACAGAGGGAAGACGUGUCAAAGACUCCCACACCAGAGAACAAGGCGUAUUAAAGGCAUCGGUGGAAGGUACUCAACAUGUCUGAGGCAGGAAAUAUCACGGGUUCUCCCCCUACUGGCAUAAAUCCUACUCCGAGUAGCAUCGUUGCGGCCGUCUUCGUCGGCAUAUUGAUCUUGGUGACUCUAUUUGGAAAUGUUCUUGUGUGUAUCAGUUUCUACACUUUUCCUAACCUCAGAACGAUCUGUAAUUAUUUUAUUGUUAGUUUAAGUGUGGCAGAUAUUUUGGUUGCUCUGUUAGCUAUGCCGUUCUGGCUCAUAGUUCAGCUCAAUAAUACAAGUUGGCCGUGGCCUUGGUUGAAAGAGGGAUUGUAUCCCUUCUGGAAUUUCGUCGACAUUUUCUGUGGUACAGCCUCUAUUAUGAAUCUUACAGCAGUCAGUAUUGAUCGAAUGUUGGCAAUCGUGACACCUUUCAAGUAUCCAAAGAUACUGACCACCAAGAGAGUCUUAAUUAUCCUCGCACUGGUUUGGUUGUACUCCACUACCAUCGCCUCUCUACGACUGGCCAAUUGGAGCAGCUAUGGCCUUUUUGCGGCUUUUGCAAGUUUCUUUAUUCCCUUGUCACUUGUAAUCGUGAUGUACACUGUAAUCUUUGUCGUUGUCAAAAUCCAAGUGCACAGAAUUGGAUCAGCUGGAGGGAAAGAACAUGCAAACGAGAUGAAGGCAGCAAAGACCAUCUUAGUUGUCAUUGGCGCUUUCGUUAUUUGUUGGCUUCCAUUCUUCAUUAUUGUGGUGGGUCAUGCAACGAACAAAAAUUUCACUUACCCAAUGGAAGUUUACAACAUGUUCAAGUGGAUGGAAUACUUAAAUUCGUGUUUGAACCCUGUGAUAUACACUUGUAUGAAUCGCACAUACAGGCGAGCAUUCAAGCGACUUUUUAAUCGGGUUUAUUUAGAGCAGACUGUAGGGAACAGCCGACGGGGCUCCUCUGUCAGUAUGUACCUCACUAGACGAGGAUCCGCGAUCAGUGGCUACAUGAACCAACGUAAACAUCGAGGAUCUAACGGCCAUACUGCUGUACCCAACAUGGAGGCAAUCGAAAGUGAAAGUUAAUGGCAAAAACGGUGGAUGACGAAUUUUGUAUAAACAUUUCCGAAAAAUAUUUAGCAGUAACGCUUGAAAUGAAAAAAAUUUCCUGUAAUAACUGUUAGCCAUAGUUAACUUCUUCUGUAAACAAACCUCCUCAAACAUCAACUACCAAAUUGAAUCGCAUCAUGUGAGAGAAAUUCGCCUUUGUCGACGCAAAUGAAAAAAAUCCAGUGGGAAAUUGCCAACUUCACAUAUUUUUGUGCCGGAAAUUACCAACUCCACAAAUUUUUUUCGACAAAGAUUCUAUAAGGUUGAAGUUGUAGGCUAAAAACCACGAACAAUGCUAAAUGCGUCAACAAUUGUAAUUUGUUUAGGAAUACGAAGAGAAAAGAGUUAGUGCUCUGGCUACCAUAAGGAAUGUGACAACUGGAGCAUCCGAAAUUUAAUAUGGAAUCUAGUUUAAUGUGACAGUAAUAAGCUAAGAGAUAAGUCUUGUGGGCUGAUUUAACGUGUGUAAAUAAGAACAAAGUUGUUGACCACAGUCGCAAAACGUUCUUAAAGUCAUUUUGUUGAAAUGUCAGGUUGCCAUUUCUCCCAGCAUAGUAUUAAUUUUCUAAUUCUUCCUUCCACCAUCACAGGUUUUAGGUUUCGUGUAAAACUUUGGUCGGCCGAUCAUUUAUAGAAACCGAAAAUAAGAACAGUUUUCAUUUGACAUCAAAUGAAUGGUGUACUGUUGGGCAAUUCGAUGGGAAGUUGUUUAACAACAAAUUAAUCGGUCUGAUCAUUAAUUAAUUUUUCCCUAAGGCUUAUCAAAUACUUGUCACCUUAUUGUUUUACAUGAAUAAACAGAUUAUCAAGAGCUAUUUUUAACCUA